AUGGAGGACGAAGGAGGGGGCAGCCACGACGUCGAAGCUCACCCACUCGGGGAAGAGCCUCCGGCCGACAGGUGGGAGUACUUGUCCAGUCCGAAGUGGGGCUACAUCAUCAGUGCAGCGCUGCCAUCUGCCCUCCUACUCUUCUUCGUCGCCAUAAUCUUCGGGGUUGGCUCAGGAAGGCACGGGUCGCCUACGGUGACCUUCUUGCUCUCCUACUCGGAUGCGCUCAUCGCCUUGUCCUACUUCUUCAUCCCCGGCGCCAUCUUCACCGUCGUUCUCAAGCGCGGGGACAUCGACCGCAAUGUGUGGACGGUGUGGAUGUUCGGCGCCUUUAUCGUGUGCUGCGGGCUCACGCACCUCGUCUCGGCCCUGUGCAUUUGGUUCAACUUGGGCAUGAAGGUGGUCACGGCGGGCAUCAGCUAUGCAACGGCCAUUGCCGUGUACAAGCUCAUCCCGCUCGCGUUGGCCAUACCGUCGCCCAUCCAGCUGGAGAAGGAGAUCAACGAGCGCAAGGACGCGCAGCGCAAGCUCCAAACUCAGUACAAGCGAUCGGUGGUGCUCUCCCGAGUGACGAAGGAGAUACGGCGCAGCCUCAAGCUGCAAGACAUCAGCAACGCGACGGCGGCGCAGUGUAUCGACGUGUUCGACGCCGACGUGUGCUCCGUGUACCGCUGCGACCCGAACCCCAGCCACGGCCUGGAAACGUCGCCACUGGAGGGCACUUCGCCUGAUGACACGGACCACCGUGCGGUGCCCGAAGGCAAGGGCAAGGACAAGGAGGGGAACGACGUGCCGAACAACAGGGGCCAGACGCACUGCCAGCCGUACAAGUGGCGCCUGCUGAGCGAGUACGACCGAUGGGCGCCCGACAGCCCCAAGACCGACAAGCAGGCGUGCAGUGACGCCGAGGUGCCGAUGCUGCAUCUCCUGCCUGGCUUGCCGGAGGGCAACACAGCCAUGGUGAUCGACUUCGAGAGGAAGGAGCAGCUCACCUGUGCCCCCGCGAAGCUCUCAGGUGUCGCCUUGGACGAAAGCCUGGUGAACUACUACCGACAGCGACGUAUCAGGUCGCUCCUAUGCGUCUCCGUGCCCUACCAGCGCGACUCGUACGCCGUGAUCGUGCUCCAGCUCCGCCACGGCUCCACGGGCCGCGCGGCCGACGACUGGCACCUCGAUGACAUCAUCCUCCUCCAGGAGGUCAUCACUCAAGUUGCGAUCGGGCUGGAGCACGCCUAUCUGCUGUGUCAGGCCAACAAGGGCCGCAAGCUGGCGUGGCGCAACCUGGCGCUGGAGCGGGCCAAGGAGAAGGCCGAGCAGAACUCGCAGGCCAAGUCCGAGUUCCUCGCGGUGGUCUCGCACGAGAUCCGCACGCCGAUGAACGCCAUCUGCGGCAUGACCAAGGUGCUCAAGGGCUCUCACAUAUCGCGAGAGCAGCGCGACUGCGUGCAGAUCAUCUCGUCGUCGGCCAAGGCCCUGCUGUCGCUGCUCAACAACAUCCUCGACUUCUCUAAGAUCGAGGCCGGCAAAACGGAGAUUCACCAAUGUCCGUUCGACCUGUACAAGUGCAUCCGGAACCUGAUGGGCCUCAUGUCCAACUACACCACCGGCCGACACCAGAAAGUCACGCUCUCCACGCUCAUCGACCCGACCGUGCCGUCGUUCGUGAUCGGAGACAAGCAGCACCUGCGCCAGGUCCUGAUCAACCUGCUCAGCAACGCGCUCAAGUUCACGCCGGAGGGCAGCAUCACGCUUCGCGUCUUGACCAACUCCACUUGGGAGACCUCCGACAAGGAGAAGUACGCGCAGCUCCACUUCGAAGUGACAGACACGGGUAUCGGAAUACCGCACGAGAAGCAGAGCCGCCUGUUCCGGCCCUUCUCACAGGUGGACUCGUCCGCCACCCGGAAAUACGAGGGUACCGGGCUGGGGCUGGUGAUAUCCAAGCGGCUGUGCGAGCUGAUGGGCGGCCACAUGGAGGUGCACAGCGAGGAGGGCAAGGGCAGCAUGUUCACCUUCACCAUCCGCGUCAAGCUCCAGGGCGCCGUCCCCGACUACGAUAAGUGCUGCCAGCUGGAGAAGAACGACCGCCGCAACGACGCCCGGCAGAUGGCCGAGCAGAUCCUCCCCGAGCUGCAGAUGCGCACGGCCUUGGGCGCACUCGACGCCGCCGAAGCCCAGCCCGGCGCCAUCGCACGACCCAACUCGCCUGUCACCAACGAGGCCGCGGCUUCCUCUUCAUCGUCGUCGUCACCUUCAGCUGCGCCUGCGGCUUCGGACUCGACCACCCUGGCGCCGGCCCACUCGUCGGUGUUCCUCUACAACAACCUCAACGAGGCGGCGCGGCGGCACAUCCACCCGCAGCACACGCACUCGCUGCCGACGCGCCUGCGGCCGAUCACGCCGCUGCCGUACACGCCGAUGGACUCGCCGCGGCUGCCCGGCACCCAGCACUACCCGCCCCCGCACCCCGAGCCGGCGACGGGCGGACCGCGCCGCUACUCGAUGGCGGUGACCCCCAAGGACCCGGUGCGGCACAGCGACCAGUACCCGGUGAUCGACCGGAUACUGCUGGCCGAGGACAACACCAUCAACCAGAAGGUGGCCUGCAAGCUGCUCAGCCGCAUCGGCCACACCCAAGUCGCGGCGGUGGACGCUGUGCGGGAAGCCAACGCCGAGGGGAAGCCAUUUUCAGUCAUUUUGAUGGAUCUGCACAUGCCGGAGAUGGACGGCAUCACGGCGAGCCGCAUGAUCAAGCAAGAAGAGCAGGAGCGCAGCGGCACGACCCGACCGCCACCGUACAUCAUCGCUUGCACUGCCGACCUGCAGUACGGUACGCGGAAGGAGUGUCGUCAGGCCGGCAUGGACGGCUACCUGCCCAAGCCGAUCAAGUUGAAGGAGCUAUCGCGCGUGCUGGUCCAUGCGCAGAUGACAAUGCUGCAGCAAAAGACGGGCCUCCUCGACGACCAAACCGCGCAGGAGCCAGACACUGCGAGCGAAUAA